AUGCCUCGUGGUCAGAAGAGUAAGCUCCGUGCCCGUAAGAAAUGUCGCCAGGCCCGAGAUGACACCCACAGUGUACAGGGUGCUCAGGCCACUGCAGCAGAGGAGGAAGGGUUCUCUUCCUCUUCCUCUCCUCCUUUUGGGGGGUCUCCCCCGAGCUCCCCUGCUGCUGGCAUUCCCCAGGGGCCUCAGAGUGUCCCGCCCACCACCACUGCUGCUUCAGGCGCUUUGGACACAAGAGCUGCCGGAGGGGCCCAGGGCCAAGAUGAGGGAAGGCCAAGUUCUUCUAAGGCCCCGGCUCCCACGGAGAGGUCUCAAAGAGACCCUGUAACCAGGAGGGCAAGCAUGUUGUUACGGUUCUGGCUGUACAAGUAUAAAAUGAAAGAGCCCAUUACAAAGGCAGAAAUGAUGAAGAUCAUCAACAAAAGCAACGGGAACCGGGCCACCGAGGAGGAGGUGUGGGAAUUCCUGAGUGUGCUGGGGAUUUACAAUGGGAAGAGGCACUUCAUGUUUGGAGAUCCCAGGAAGCUCAUCACCAAAGAUUUGGUGCAGGAAGAGUACCUGGAGUACUGGCAGGUACCCAACAGUGAUCCUCCAUGCUACGAAUUCCUAUAG